AUCAUAACAAACCAUCACCAUCGUCUUCUUCUCCACCACACGCUUUCGUUACUAUCAGAUUCUCAAUCUGUUGCAAAUGUCGAAGAGCAACGGAGCUCGCAGCUGUUUAGGCUCGAUGGACGAUAUCCGCCGAGUCUUUCAGCGAUUCGACAAAAACGGAGACGGGAAAAUCUCCGUCGACGAGCUCAAGGAAGUGAUCCGCGCGCUCAGCCCCAACGCGUCGCCGGAGGAAACGGUGAAGAUGAUGAAACAGUUCGAUCUCGACGGGAACGGAUUCAUCGACAUGGACGAGUUCGUCUCUCUUUUCCAGAUCGGAGUGAACCAAGGAGGAGGAGGAAACAGCAAAAACGAUCUGAAGGAAGCGUUCGAGCUGUACGAUCUGGAUGGGAACGGGCGGAUCUCGGCGAAGGAGCUUCACUCCGUGAUGAAGAAUCUGGGGGAGAAGUGUUCGGUUCAGGAUUGCAGGAAGAUGAUUAGCAAAGUUGAUACCGAUGGUGACGGUUGCGUUAACUUCGAGGAGUUUAAGCUGAUGAUGAACAACGGCGGCGCUUGAUGAUCGUAUUUUAGGGAUUGUGUUUGUAUAGAGGAAUCUAGAAAGUUCUAUUAAUGUAUCUGUUUAGUGACGGCGAUUUAUAUUUUAGACUGCUUUCCUUUGAAGUUUUGUUUUGACUCAUGAUGACACAAAACUUUAGUGAUUGCAAAAGUGUAACAACGUCGAUCAUUUUCACUUCUUCACUGUUAAGAUUGUUCUGAUGGGCCUUACUUCUACCUUUUCA